AUGAAGAUUGAGAAAGCAAAUGCAGGGCAUCUCACCAACUUCGAAGUUCUCGACUUCUUACGGAAAAGAGGUGCAAAAACUGAUCCCAUGGGAUGUUUGGGGGCCGUUGCUGCAUCAGAGUGUAAGGUAUACGAGUACCUCCUGAAAACUCCUGCUUGCAAUCAGACAAGGGAAUCAGUUACUGAAUUUGCAAGCAGAUGUGAGGGUUUCAAGCUUACCGAUGCUGACAAGCAAAACAUUAUCAAUUGGAGGCCAACCUCAGCAGCUGAUGUUUAUGCGAUGGUAGAGGAGUGUGGGAAGAGAUUUUGCAAGGACGAGCGAGGAUUGCCGCAGGAUGAAGAGGACCGUGCCAAGGAACUUGUGGCUCUUGUAAACGAGAUUUUUCCAGCACCGCCUGCAAAGCCAGAGGAUGAAGUGGAUGCGAAGCCAGAGGAUGAAGUGGAUGUGAAGCCAGAGGAUGUAGUGGAUGUGGAUAUGAAGGACAGCUGA